AUGACGGCACAUAUACCACCCCAGCGUGACGCUACCCGCCCAUCAGUCAUGGGAUUUGCUGGUGAAAAGCAUAUGGAACAACAUUGGUUACGAAUUAGCAAGAGCCAACAUUCAGGUGCCAACAUUCAGGAGCCAACAUUCAGGAGUCAACAUUCAGGUGCCAACAUUCAGGAGCCAACAUUCAGGAGUCAACAUUCAGGAGUCAACAUUCAGGUGCCAACAUUCAGGAGCCAACAUUCAGGAGCCAACAUUCAGGACCCAACAUUCAGGUGCCAACAUUCAGGUGCCAACAUUCAGGAGUCAACAUUCAGGAGCCAACAUUCAGGAGUCAACAUUCAGGAGCCAACAUUCAGGAGUCAACAUUCUGGUGCCAACAUUCAGGAGUCAACAUUCUGGUGCCAACAUUCAGGAGUCAACAUUCAGGAGCCAACAUUCAGGAGCCAACAUUCAGGAGUGAACAUUCAGGAGCCAACAUUCAGGAGCCAACAUUCAGGAGCCAACAUUCAGGAGCCAACAUUCAGGUGCCAACAUUCAGGUGCCAACAUUCAGGAGCCAACAUUCAGGAGCCAACAUUCAAGACCCAACAUUCACGACCCAACAUUCAGGACCCGACAUUCACGACCCAGCAUUCAGGUGCCAACAUUCAGGAGCCAACAUUCAGGAGCUAACAUUCAGGAGCCAACAUUCAGGACCCAACAUUCACGACCCAACAUUCAGGAGCCAACAUUCAGGAGCCAACAUUCAGGAGUCAACAUUCAGGUGCCAACAUUCACGACCCAACAUUCACGACCCAACAUUCAGGAGCCAACAUUCAGGAGCCAACAUUCAGGAGUCAACAUUCAGGAGCCAACAUUCAGGAGUCAACAUUCAGGUGCCAACAUUCAGGAGCCAACAUUCAGGAGCCAACAUUCAGGAGCCAACAUUCACGACCCAACAUUCACGACCCAACAUUCAGGAGCCAACAUUCAGGAGUCAACAUUCAGGAGCCAACAUUCAGGAGCCAACAUUCAGGAGUCAACAUUCAGGUGCCAACAUUCAGGAGCCAACAUUCAGGAGCCAACAUUCACGACCCAACAUUCACGACCCAACAUUCAGGAGCCAACAUUCAGGAGUCAACAUUCAGGUGCCAACAUUCAGGAGCCAACAUUCAGGUGCCAACAUUCACGACCCAACAUUCAGGAGCCAACAUUCAGGAGCCAUCAUUCAGGAGUCAACAUUCAGGUGCCAACAUUCACGACCCAACAUUCACGACCCAACAUUCAGGAGCCAACAUUCAGGAGCCAACAUUCAGGAGUCAACAUUCAGGAGCCAACAUUCAGGAGCCAACAUUCAGGAGCCAACAUUCACGACCCAACAUUCAGGAGCCAACAUUCAGGAGCCAACAUUCAGGAGUCAACAUUCAGGUGCCAACAUUCACGACCCAACAUUCACGACCCAACAUUCACGACCCAACAUUCAGGAGCCAACAUUCAGGAGCCAACAUUCAGGAGUCAACAUUCAGGAGCCAACAUUCAGGAGCCAACAUUCAGGAGUCAACAUUCAGGUGCCAACAUUCAGGAGUCAACAUUCAGGUGCCAACAUUCAGGAGCCAACAUUCAGGAGCCAACAUUCAGGACCCGACAUUCAGGAGCCAACAUUCAGGUGCCAACAUUCAGGAGUCAACAUUCAGGUGCCAACAUUCAGGAGCCAACAUUCAGGAGCCAACAUUCAGGACCCAACAUUCAGGACCCAACAUUCAGGAGCCAACAUUUAGGAGCCAACAUUCAGGAGUCAACAUUCAGGUGCCAACAUUCAGGAGCCAACAUUCAGGAGUCAACAUUCAGGUGCCAACAUUCAGGAGCCAACAUUCAGGAGCUAACAUUCAGGUGCCAACAUUCAGGAGUCAACAUUCAGGUGCCAACAUUCAGGUGCCAACAUUCAGGAGCCAACAUUCAGGAGCCAACAUUCAGGAGCCAACUUUCAGGAGUCAACAUUCAGGUGCCAACAUUCAGGAGCCAACUUUUAGGAGUCAACAUUCAGGUGCCAACAUUCAGGAGCCAACAUUCAGGAGCCAACAUUCAGGAGUCAAAAUUCAGGAGCCAACAUUCAGGACCCAACAUUCAGGAGCCAACAUUCAGGAGUCAACAUUCAGGAGCCAACAUUAUGGAGCCAACAUUCAGGAGUCAACAUUCAGGUGCCAACAUUCAGGAGCCAACAUUCAGGAGCCAACAUUCAGGACCCAACAUUCAGGACCCAACAUUCAGGACCCAACAUUCAGGACCCAACAUUCAGGAGCCAACAUUCAGGAGUCAACAUUCAGGACCCAACAUUAAGGACCCAACAUUCAGGACCCAACAUUCAGGACCCAACAUUCACGACCCAACAUUCACAACCCAACAUUCAGGAGUCAACAUUCAGGACCCAACAUUCAGGACCCAACAUUCAGGACCCAACAUUCAGGAGCCAACAUUCAGAACUCAACAUUCAGGACCCAACAUUCAGGAGCCAACAUUCAGGACCCAACAUUCAGGAGCCAACAUUCAGGACCCAACAUUCAGGUGCCAACAUUUAGGUGCCAACAUUCAGGUGCCAACAUUCAGGUGCCAACAUUCAGGAGCCAACAUUCAGGUGCCAACAUUCAGGAGCCAACAUUCACCUGAUGAAUGUUACACAUCACAGGUGAUCUCGUACACAGACAAGGUCUUCGUGACACAGAGAUAG